AUGUACAGUGUCGGGUUGAAACACUCUGGCGGUAUAUUCCGUGGCGUCGUGGCCGCGCGCCAACACAUACGCUCGAUUUCUCAGCUGCGGUCUCUGGCCGAGUUCCAGAAGGCUAUUGCCGGAGAUCGGCUGAGUGUAAUUGACUUUUACGCAACGUGGUGCGGGCCCUGCAAGGCCGUGGCACCUCACAUUGAGAAACUCUGCAAGGAAAAGCCAUCGGUUGCUUUUUACAAGGUGGACGUUGACGAAUCGCCCGAAAUUGCAGCAGAGUGCCAAAUCACAGCGAUGCCUACUUUCGUUUUCGCCAAAAAAGGACAACCCAUCGGAAAGGUCGUUGGUGCGGACGUGCGAGGCGUAGUCCAGGGCAUCAAAGACCUUGAGUGA